AUGUCGUCACACCACGAGAAAUCGGCGCCGCCGCCGCCAACAACAAUUCAGUCAGGAAUAACGACGUUGCGCGGAAAAUUGGGAUAUUUUGACUCGCCGCGUCGCAGUCGAGGCCGUCCAAGGAAAUAUCCACUGACUUCUUACGUGCCGGUCGCGCCGGAAACCAGCGACGGUGCUCAAUUCGAAGACGAUGAUGAGGAGGAGGUCGUCGCCGAGGAGCCGACCGAUGGCGUUUUCUAUCAAGAGCAGCAAAUUGUUGAAAUGGACCAGAAGGAUGAUGAGGAGCUGAAAAUCAAACAAAUACAACAGCAGAAGAUGUUGAUUGUGACGCCGAUGGGGCAGCGAAGUCGCGGUAAAGGUCGGCCGCCGAGGAAGCCGUUCUUCGCGGCGUCGACGCGCGUCUCGCCGCCAUCGCAGCCGCCGAAGCUUGAUUAUGACGAUGAGCCACACGAGGGAACAUCGACGGAAUCGGCGCCGUCGGUUGUCGAAGAGACGUCGAAGAAUGUGUCGCGAGCGGGACGAGCGCGACAGCCGACGAGAAAGAUUCUCGAGAUGGAGCGGCAACAAUCGACGCGACAUUCUCAAUCUGAGACGAAGGCGGACGCAGAGCCACCGCAGCAUGAGGCUUCUAAGCAACGAGCUGAGGCGGAGAAGCCGCCGUCGGAGGACGAACCUGAACUUGAGAAGCAGCCGAUGACACCGCGAGAAGAGGCCGAGCAAGCGGCGUAUGAGGAAGCUCAACCGGGACCGGAGCAACAUCAGCAGGAGCAGUUGAAGUCUCAGCAACAGGUGGAGCAACGCAUUGAGAAGGAGCCCGAAGAGCAUGAGCAGCUUCUUGAGCCCGUUGAGCCGAUCAAAGAUACCCAUACCGCUCAUGAAGAGCACGUCGAACAAGAGGAAUCGGGUGGUGGAAGAGAGCGAGAGGAAUCUUCAACAUUGCCACCACCACCACCACCACCGCCAUCGCCGCCGCCGCCGCUUCCAUCGAAGGCGAUUCGCGAUGAUAGACCACCGCCGGCACCGAAGAAUCUGGCGAAUCGCGCGAAUAUGCGCGGAAGGCCGGGCACGUCGAUUCACAUGGUGCCGCCGCAUCGUCGACCGAUUCCGAAAGAUUUGAUGCCGCCCGGAUUUCCGCAUUCGCGAAAGCCGUCGGUGCCGCCGCAGCAGAUGACUCCCAAAGAGAGGGAGAUACUGUUGAGGCGUGUUCGUGAGAAUGACGUCGAGAAGCGCGCUGGAACCCAACAUCAACCGUCGCAUCAUGGGCCGAGCUCGAGUCAUGCUCAUCAACAGCCGCCACCUCGGAUGGUCAUAGCGGAGCAUGAUCAAGAAGCGUCGCAGUCGUCGGAGUCGACCAAAGAGAAGACGUCGGGAUCGGCGCCGCCGAUGCCGUCGAAAAUGUCAUCGCGGAAACGCGAAGCCGGACUCGAUCUGCCCAGCGAGCAUAUGCCGAAAAUGAAAGCGCGACAUGUGGCGCGAGCCGGAAUCGUGCCGACGGUUGCGUAUGAAGCGGCGAAAGUGUAUGAGAUGGAUAUGGAGACGGCUGAGGACGACAUCAUAAUGCACAAUCCGAUCGAUGAAGGCGACGGGCCGUCGGAGAUGAUGGCGAUGGAGGCGAACUAUGAGAAGCGCGCGGUGCCGCACAAGCAGUACAUUGAAGUCGAGGAGAAUGGUGUGAAUGUUGUGUAUGAGGUGCAUACGGAUGACGAUUUGGUGAAUCGCGCAAGUGAUGAGAUGAUUAUGGAUGAGACGGGAACCCAAUAUGUUAUUAGGGAUGAAAAUGAUCUUGAUAAGAAUCCGGAAGAUGAUAUGGAACAUCAUGCUCAAGGGAUUUCCAAAGCGGAUACGAUCGCCGAUGAUGAGGAUGAUAUGCCGCCUCAGCUUGUUCCGGAAGAGGUGCAGGAUGAUGAGGUCGUUCAGGAGGUCGAGCGUCGUCAGCAGGAGCUUGUCUCGCAUCAGAAGAAGCCUGACGAUGACGGGCAACAGAUGAGCUUGCUGAAUAUCGAUGUCAGUAUGAUGGAGACGGGCGAGAAUUUUCGGCUGAGCUCGCCCGGCGGCCGAGCGCAUCUUGUGCAAUUGGCGCGCGAUGAGCACGGCAACGCGAUAUUCAUCGACGAGCAGGGAAUCGUCGUCGAGCUCAUCACGGACAACGGACAACUCGUCGAGCCGUCGACGGUGAUCAAUGAGGAGGCGGCGAGAGAGGCGGCGGAAGCGUCGCAAAGGGACGAGCACGACGAGAACGAGCCGAAUCGCGUGGAUCCGGGCGCGUCGCCGAGUCACGAGCAGCCGUCGUGCGAUCUGCGCAACGUCGAGUUCAAUUUUCUCGAUAGUCGCAACAUUUGUUGUGGACUCUGCGGCGAGAUUGUCGUCUACGACACACUCGUCAGCGAGCAUCUGCCGACGAUGCAUCCCGAAUUUCUGCAGCCUGGCGUCGAGCUCGAAGAGGUGCCGUAUGAGAAUUGGCUGAAGAAGAGAUUGCGGCAAGAGGUGAAGAACAUGGAAAACGGCUUUCGGCACUAUGACGAUGGUGCCGGCGCGAGCGGUCAAUUUUCGAGCAACGUUCGAUUGUUCUCGCGCGGCCUUCGACAAUUGCGCAAAGUCAGUCAGAUUCGCGUGAAUCCGAACGAGAUGAGUAUGCCGCAACUUGAGAUGGCGUUGCGUCGCAAAAUGAUCGAGAAGCUUGGCAGAAAGGUGCCGGUCACGUUGGUCGAUCGAUUCCACGCGCGAUGCGACGUCUGUCAAGCGGUCGUGUCGCUGAACAAGAAGUUUGAGAUUAUCCAUCUUGUUCGACAUUUCAACGCGUGGCAUCCCGCCGAGCAUCGAUGCACGAACGCGUGGAAGGUGGAGCAGAGUCCGUCGCGUGGGACAAAGAUAUUGUCGCUUCACGAUUUUGCUGUCGUCGACACCGACUCGGAGCAAAACAACCUUCAAUGCAUUUGGUGCGGAAUGUUCAUGGACAAGGCGGCAAUUGGAAUGCACUUCUCGGAAGUUCAUGGCGAGCAGGUCGAGGUGCCGAAGUGCUCGUUGUGCCUACAGGAGAUGGUGUUGUCGGCGCGACUCAUUGAGAAGUACGGCGAGGAUUUUGGGAUCAGUCAUCCGGAUGAGUUUCAUGUGGCGAGCGAACGAUUGAACAAUAAAUAUAAUAAUGAGAAGGCGUUGGAUAAGGCCAUUGAGAAAUACUUGAAACGAAUACGAACUGGAACGCUUGAUGAUGCGAUUGAUGACGAUGACGAUGAUGACGACGACGCGGAAGUAAAGCUAAACACCACGAAUAGCCAGCAGACGUUUGGAAGGAGGAAUCGAAUGAAGAGAAAGUUUGUGAAGCCGUGCUUCCGACAGAUCUGCCCGACGAACUCGGAAUAUUUUGAAGCGUUCUCGGCGUGCGAAUGGAAGUGCAAAUUGUGCGCAAGGCCGGUGUAUGGCGCGGUGAUCUCUGCCGGCGCCAUCAAGCAUUACAAGGAGUUCCAUCCGGCCGAGAUGGAGAGCAUGCAGUACGAGCUGGUCAAGGCGAGAUUGGAGCGCAUCGGCGAUGGUUCGAUGGAGUUUGUGCAUCCGCAACUCGUCGAAUGUCUCAUUUGCAAUCUGACGUAUGCCCUUCACAAACCAUUCAAUAUAUGUCGAGCGAUUCGACAUUUGCGGCUCAAACAUCCCGAAGUGAUGCCGGAGACGUCCGGAAAACCGAUUAGUGGGGCGAAUAUUGAUGAACGAUCGGAAGCUGAACGAAAGAAGGAUGAGCAUAAGAUUCGACUCGGUGAGCUCAUCACCGAUCCGGUGCAGCUCGAGCGAUUCCGACGAGAGCAUGAUGUUGAGUUUGACAAAGUGCAGGUGAUUUAUGGUGCGAAGCCGAACAAUGAGCCGUCGUACAUUUUGCUCGCUGAGAACGAGCAUGUCGAUGAGAAGACGGCGCAGGCGAUCGGCGAGAUCAUGGUGGUGGAUGACGACAAGCCGGCGCAUGAGAAGCCGAUGGUGGCGAAGAUCAAGGACGAGCCGAUUGAUGAGAUGUUUGAGUUGAUGGAUGAGAGAGCGUUCACGAUUCCAACAGCGGCGGCGACUGCGACGACGACGGCGGCGCCGAAUCAGAUGGAGACGGCGGAGACGUUCCAUCAGCAGCAAAUGCAGCAGCGUGCCGAGGAGUUGAUGAGGACGGAGCCGGUGGAAUAUGAGAUUGGAUAUCCGGAUGGUGGAAAUGUGGUUUUGCAGGAUGUCGAACCGGAAACUAACUAUGAGAUCAUUCAACACUCGCAAUUUGACGGCGAUCGCGUUCAGUACAUGACGGAGGAGGAGCUUCAAGAUGCUCAUGCUCGCGGCGAACUCCAAAUUGAAUAUAUUGAUCAGCAGGACGAUGUGCUCGACUUUGAAUUUCAAUAG